AUGGAGAGUGAAACGAACGGAAACAUCUCUUCCCAGCUUCACCUGAACAACCGCAUUAACGCGAAUGACAGGGUUGACACCUAUGUGUUUGAGAAGCCUGAGGGUUAUGAAUCCUAUGAGGAGAUGAUGGCUCAAUAUGUAGCCGUUCUCACCAGGCAGUCUGUCAAGUGGUCCAAACUCCUGCAGGGGAAAGCCCACGUGGAAAAUAACCUGAAGGUGAAGCGGUAUGUGCGUAAGGGUGUGCCCAACGAGUACCGAGCCCAGAUCUGGAUGGCAGCCAGCGUGGCCCAGGAACACCUGGAGAAGAACCCGGGGUACUACCACUCUCUGCUGGGCACCGAGCAGCAGCACGACGCCAAGCUGGAGGAGACAGUCCGCAUAGACAUGCACAGGACAUUCCCCGAAAACGUGCAGUUCCGGAAGAGCUCUGAGCCCUGUCUGCUGAAGGCCCUAUACAAUGUGCUGCUGGCGUACGGACACCACAACCAGGUUGUGGGAUACUGCCAGGGUAUGAAUUUCAUUGCAGGCUACCUCAUCAUCACUAAGGAUGAAGAGAAGUCCUUCUGGCUGAUGGAUGCGUUAUUGGGAAGAAUACUCCCCGACUACUACAGCCCGGCCAUGCUGGGGUUGAAGACGGACCAGGAGGUGUUGGGGGAGCUGGUAAGGGUGAAAGCCCCAGCCGUGUGGCAGACCAUGGUCGAACACAACGUCAUGUGGACCUUGGUGGUCUCCCAAUGGUUCAUCUGCCUCUACAUCGACAUUCUGCCUGUAGAGUUCUGCGGAUCUGGGAUUGCCUGUUUUACAAGGGUUCUAAGAUCCUGUUCCGCGUGGCCUUGACUCUGAUUCGCCACCACCAGGCUGAGAUCCUGCAGGCCCGCUCCAUGGUCGAGGUGUGUGAGUGCUUCAAACUGAUCACUCAGGGAGCCUUUACAUACAACUGCCACACCUUCAUGCAGGAAAUCCUCCUUUCUCUUCUUCCUGAUUGACAGAAAUCUUCAGGGAACCAGGAAGUCUCUCCAUGGCAACCAUCACUAAGCUGCGGGAGACGUACAGAGAGCGUAUCGUGGCGGAGGAGACCAGAUUCUGCCCCUGACCACCACUAAGAACCUCCAUGAAGCAAUCGCCUUGCGGUUCGCCUGGCCGUGUUCCCGGUCAUUUGUGUUGCCCUGACGCUAACGAGAUUAUUAGAUCUCACAAUCCCUGGGGAAAUGUGUAAUAUCUCAGGAACCAUAUGAUGACAUCUGAGGUGCUAAAAUGGUCUGAGCGAUUGUAGUACCCCAUCUUACUGAAUAUUAUUUAUUUGUUCUCAGGUAGCAAUUCUUUGCAUUGUAAAAAGCUAACUGUAAUUUUCCUGUGGUAGGAUCUUGGGAACAAUAGGUUGGGGUUUGUUAGAGUGGAGUCGCUCUGGAUAAGAGCGUCUGCUAAAUGACUUAAAUGUAAAUGUAAUGAGAUUCUUUUUAAAUAUUUUUUUUUAACCUUUAUUUAGUCCAGUUAAGAACAAAUUCUUAUUUUACAAUGACAGCCUACCGGGGAACAGUGGGUUAACUGCCUUGUUCAGGGGAAGAAUGACUCAGCUCAGGGAUUCGAUACCGCAACCUUUUGGUUGCUGUCCCAAUGCUCAGACCACUAGGCUACCUGCCACCCCAAUAUGUAAGCAAAGGCUUGUUGGGUUGAAGAUGAGGUGUCACCUCUGAAAUGAAGUCACGGGCUGCAGUCCACUCCUCCGCGAAGUGUACACUCCCACCCAGGAAUCGUCUGGGAAAAGAAAUUCCAGCCUAUACUUACACCAUUCAAAUGCUUUAAAUCCAUGAACAAGUGCAUAAUUAGGCCCGAAUCCUAACUUGAUCUGUGCAUGUAUGUUUCUGCUCUAAUCUUCCAUUGAAUGCAUGAAUUAUGCUUGUGCAAUCAUACCUCUAUAGAUUUUGACUUCAGGGUAAAAGGUUUUGGAAUUGGACCUUUUUACUGUUUUGCCACAAUAAUGGACUGCUC